AUGUGCUGUUUGCUCGAGCACAUUUUCAAAAUUCUGAUUUUUAUCUUUGCCAUUUUUAUAAACUUUCUUGUGACCGUCAACUUAGUAAUACAUUUCUACUAUAUUAAGGUUCAUGGACCACAAGAUUUCACUUCGGGAAUAGAAAAUUACUACAUAUUAUGGACAAUGCAAAGCUGGUGCGGAGCCCUAAUGGUCGUAAUCAAGUUGAAGGAUCUGUGUUAUCUGCACUGGUGGCUUCUGAUGACUUCGACCUAUAUUUUAGCUGGCUUUGUUCUACACUUGAUCCUGUUCGACUUCCAAGGAGAACAUUUAGGUACCAAUGAAAAGGUUCACAACUACUUUGGUAUCGGGCUUAUGUUGGUCUCCUCUCUAACAGUCGCAAGCUAUACCCGAACCCUGAGGCCACCAGAAGAUUCAGGCAUUUUAUUUAAAGCGACAACUAAUUAA